AUGGUUGAGCGUGGCUUUUUUUUCGCGCUGGUCAUUGCGCUGUGCUGCCUGUGUGGCUGCGUGUCGGCUGGUGGAAUGACUCAGGAUGACGCCGCAACACAUGAUCUUCUUGGCCGCGUGAAGGCAAUGGCAGAGAAGUCCAGGGAAGGAGCAGAUGAGGUGAAGGCAGAUGUAUAUGAUUUUAAGGCAGAAGCAGAGAAAACUAGGACUGUGGCAGACAGUGCCCUCAAGAAGGCCGUUGAACUGCUUGAAGUGAAGAAAGCCCUUGACAAGGGAGGAGAACAGCAGCAGGAAGGGAAUGGGAUGAAUAAUGUAGUGAAACUGGCGAAGGUAGCGGCCGAUGAGGUAGAGAAGGUGCAUGACGCUUUUUUUUUUGCUGUAGGGAAGACAGCUUCUUUUUUUUUUCGAUGUGUCGGUGUCACGUGCGGUCCGCCACGUCACGGCACAUCAUGCGCCGUGUGGGACGAACGAAAAGCAAAUGUGGGACUGGAAGCAUCUGAAUCUGUGACGCAGGCGUGGAAGAAAAAGGACGAAAUAGUGGCAUUUUGA